AAAGCAUCACUCAAGCAUGUAGGAUGUACUUUAUUUUCAAAACAGAGGGUUAGAAAGAGUGGAGAAGAUAAAGGCAUUUGAAUUUCACAUGUUUUGUUUAGUCUGAAAGAUUUUUUUUUUCACUCCGCUUUUCACUGAUAACCUGUGACAAUAAGCUGUCAUGUGAAUUGUGGAAAUUAUUCAAAAGCUUGAUUACAUAACCUCGAGGCUUUUUUUCCCUUUUACACUGUGGAGAUGCCUGAAUCCAAUAGACAUUUUUCUGUGUCUUGGUUAACAUGCUGAACUCUUGUGUUAGACUCUUAAUCGAAGUUGAAACAUGCAUUCAGAAAACUGCACAUGAUCUGGAAAAAAAAUUGAUUUGUGCAGGUUUGUGUGUUAGUCGAGAAGCUGUCAAAAGAAAUAAUGGAGGAAUGUGCUUCUGAUUUGUAUUAUGUAAUACACAUUUUAUCCAGUGGUGAUGGAAGAUAUUGAUAUCAGAAAAUUCAACUCAAUAUUUCAAUGCUGUAGAUUUUGAUAAAAAUAGAUCGGUGCACAAGAUGAAUUUGUUGGAAUGUGCAUGAUGGGAAGAUAUGUGUAUCAUUAACGGCAGAUUGCAACAAUUUUCAUUUCUAUCCGAAGGGGAGAUGAGACUUUUUUUUAUAACUUCAAUAUAUUUCAUAAAAACUUGCAAAAUUGCAACACAAUAAUUAUCAUGCAGGUUUAGAUUAAAAAGAAACAUGAAACAAUUGUGUCAGAUUCUUCGAUCGAUGCAAUCAAAACUGGAUUAAUUGAAGCUGGUGAUCAAUUAAAAUUCAGGUUUUUAUACCGUUACAUAAUAGUGAAUGGAAAUUUAUAUCUGUGAUCAAUAACAUCAGAGUUUAGAUAGAAAAUUCAAGUACUAUUUAGAAAUUUUUAAUGGAAGUGGCAUUUCCAUUUUAUUUUCUUUGCCAAGAAAGGCCGAUGAUUGAUGCCCCAGAGUUAUGUAAUAUUUUUUUCAUUUAAAAAAAAAUCCCACUGCUCUCCAGAGAAAUUAAUAUGUAAAGAGCAGAUAUAUUGAAAUAAAAUAAUGAAACUUUGAAAAGGGAAUAUAUUGUGUAAGUAGGAGAAUAUGAGAUAUGUUUGUGCAUGACAACGAACAGUGAGACUAAAAAUGCAGUCGAGAAAAUAAGUCCUACAAGCUAACAUCCGACCCUAUCUCGAAGAAUGAACAGGUGAAAAUUAAAUGUGAAUGCAAAAAGAAAAUAAAAGUGGAAUUUAAAGAAAACAACCCUCACCGGCCGAGUGUUUACAUUCAUUUCGGAGGAUUACGGCUUUGACCUUCGUAUAUGAUGGACCCAUGGUUUGAAAAUUUUAAACUGUUGCUAACUUACUGGUUAAUGUCUACCAACAGGGACAAUAUGUCGGAGGCUGCUAGUGCUGUGUCAGCCCUCCUGUCCUACGGUCAGCAGCAGGUGCCUCCUCCUCAGCCCCCACCCCCAGGCAGACACCCCUACAGCUUGCCCUCUAUGGGAGGGAUGUCCCUGCCAGUGGAGACCCCCAGCAGUGCCUCUCAGUACUCCAGGAAUCCCCAGGAUCUGAGUAUGCCACACCCUGCAGAUAACCCUGACCUUUCUACAGAUGACCCCCAGCUGUCCUCGAGUGACCAGCCCUUUAUGGAGGUCAAUUCCACCAUCCACCCUGACCGCACUCACAUCUGUCCAAACUGUAGCAAGGGCUUCAAGAGCAAGCAGCAGUUAGCUCAGCACAGCCUGGUGCACACGGGGAUACGCAGGCACAUUUGUUCCUUCUGUGAUAAAGGAUUUAAGCAGCUUUGUCACUUGCAGCAACACCUUAGGAUACACACAGGUGAGAAGCCGUACCGCUGUUGUUUUGAUGGUUGUGACCGGGCCUUUGCUCAGAUGGCCAAUCUUCAUCAUCACAUGAGAAACCAUGAAGACCAUGUGAAAAAGGCAGCAAACAAACAAUACCAGUGUUCUGUCUGUAGCCGGGCCUACACCAACGAGAGCAGUCUCAAAAAUCACACACUCAAGAUGCAUGUAAAUGUACGUUCUUUGGAAGCUCCAUAUCCUCUUCCUUACAAACCAAGGAAACCAAGGCAGUCCAGCACGAAUAACUCUAUGGUAACCAAAGAGAAGGAUUUCCCAACAUCAAGAGGAAGCUCCGUACCCCUUUCCUUUGUUAGUGACCCAAGGGCAUCUAACUUCAGUCGUUUUGUUGACCUCCACAAAGAAACUCUGUCUAGACCAAUGGAUUCAAAUCAACUUUCACCAAAUAUGGCUGCUGAGCAAUCUAAUAAUAUAUCCUCCACUACUAUUCUGCCAUCGUCCCAUCACAUGCAGACACCUCUCAUUCCCUCUCAUCACCUCCCCCCUCUCUCCCUCAUGCCCACUAACGUCCCUCCCUCCUUGAUGUCACCCUCAUUUAUAUCUCAUCUUCAACAGGCUGUACAGAAUAGUUCAGGACAUGCCAACCACUUACUGUCAUCGACACGACCCACAUCACAAGAAAUGAGAUCCUCCCCUCAUCCUCAGCCACCCCAAACCAGCAGUAGCUCUCGUGUCACACCCACCCCUCAAGAUCAGAGAUCCACCCCCCAGGGAACCUUGUCAUCCCAAACCAACAGAGAUUCUAGCACUCCCCAUAAAGAAGCAGCAGAACCAGCCACCAGUUUGGGUGUUCCCUUUAACCCCCCACUGCCCCACCCCUUCACCGUCCCUCAGACUUCCCUACCCCUGUCUCUACCCUCCAGACUGAACUCACACUUUAACUGUCUUUUGAAGACAACCUCUCCUGCUCACGUGGAUUUUUCAUGACAGAGUGAAGCUCACAACUAGUCUUUUCAGCAAAGUAGAACAAAGUAUAGUAACCAAUUUUAAUUAUUUUGUAUUGACAAUAUUUUUGCUGUGAAAGCAGCGCUAAUUUUUACACAGAGUGUAUUUUUAUUUCUGUACUACAUGGUAGUAUGGCUUUGUUUGUUGUUAAAAUGUUAUAAAGUUUGUGUACUUAUGUGUAUAUGUAUUAUUCUUAGUGUAACUUGUUAAAAUUUUAUUUUAAACAGUUAUUACCAAAUUGAAGUACACAGUACUGUACAUAAUCAGUCUUCCCAAUUAACUGAUUAGUGUAAUCAUAAAUUAAUGCAUUUGAAGCAAAGCUUCUCUGUGUAUUCAAAUCAUACAUUUUUGUGUUUUUGAAUUGUCUAACAAAAAGCAGCACAAAAAUUUUAUAUCAAUGUUGAUCAAAGAUUUUCAUUGAUCUUUUUUUGACAUUCAAUUAGAAUAGGGCAAACUGGUGCAACAUUUUGAUAAGUUUUCAUAAUGUGAUGAAAUGCUGUCAUGAUUAAAAAGUGCAGUAAAGUUGUAAAUAAUAAUGUUUGAUAAAAAUAUACUCUGUAAAGUGCAAGAGUUUUUUGUAGGAAAAAAAGAUGCCUUUAGUCAACCCUGGAUCAGGGUUCAUUCUUUAUGACGUGUGUUGAUCUCAGACUCUCGGAUGAUACAUUGUAUUUAGCUUUCUAACAUUGUGCUAACACACAGAUAAGAACAACAAAAAAAAAAACAAGACAAUUAUUUAAGAUCAUGGGAUCUUAAACACUGUGUACAAUCUGAUAAGAUGGUUUUAUAAGCAAUCUUACCCUGAGCCAGAUAUAAUAAUCACUAUCCUUUCUAUUGUUAAAGUGUAUGUAAGUGAUACAUAUGUAUCUAUGUGUUUGUUUGUUUAGAUGAUUUUUGUUUGUUUAGUUACCAGCAUAAUUCUAUGCAAUACUUGUGUUCUCCUAUUUAUACAAAAAUUUCUUUAAUUUCAAAGAAUUGGCUUUUUUUUUUUUGAAAUACCAAGUGGAAUUUAUCUAUCAUUAUUUGAUAAUUUUCCCAGAAAAAUGUUUGAAUUUUAUAUUUUCUUACAAGUACUUAAGUUGACUUAGUUAAUCAAAAAAGUAUACAUUAGCCUGCAUAAUAUGUUGUUGACGAUCAACUUUUAUACAGAAUAUAACCACAAUGACGGGGUUAGAUGCUGAAUUUUAUUGCAUUUUCUGGUGUAAAUCUUAUUGACAUUUUAUUUAUAUUUGUUGACUUAUUUUGUUGGUUUUAUAGAAUCUCCAUGUUUUAUAAGUACACAAGGGACAGAGGGAUUAAUUUCAGUUCUAAGAACUAGGUUAUACCAGGAUUUUUUCUUAAAUAAUUCAAUGGAAAAAAAAGCUGCCGCACCACUUUAUAAUGGGUAGAUAACUCCACCUUUUUAGUGCUAAGUUCUAUAUGCAGUGUGGAAAGCAAUAUUCUGCAUCAGCAUACAUCAGGGUAACUCUAAAUUAAAUCUUUCACUGUAUAAAUGUAUUUUAAAGUUAAGGUAAAUUGAAAGAGAGUAGGUGAGUUUUGUAACAGUGUUGUUUAAGUAUGUGGGGAAAUUUGGGAUAAAUAAAUAUGUAGAUAUUGUGUACAUGUUCCAGUAACCUGUGUGAUCCUCUGUCCCAGUUGUAUAGUCCAAUCUGCUUGGUUUCAUACUUUGUUGUCAUCAGUAGAAUAAAUGAAAUAAUAGAUGA